ACUACAUCUCCCGGCGGGCCCGGCCAGGGCCGUGCCCCUCUCCCGGCGUGCCGGGGGCGGCCCCGGCGGCAGCGAAGGGAGGCGAGGGGAGGAGUGGGAAGUGCGGUCCCGACCGCGGCAGGCAUUAUGCUGCUUGAAAUAUUCCUCGUUCUGGGGACAGUUAUUAUCUACUUCUUAUUUUCCAAGAAGAAGGAAGAGACAUUGCCCUUCAAAGAUGGAUGGUGGGGCAAGGGACAAAAGCCUGACACUGAAGAAGAUACAACUGUUCGGCCAUUUAAGGUGGAAACUACAGAAGAAGAGCUGAGCGACUUAUUUAGGAGACUUGACCAGGCUCGGUUCACUGAGCCACUGGAGAACAGUUGCUUCCAUUAUGGGAUUAACUCAGUGUAUCUCAGGAAGGUUGUCUCCUACUGGAAAAACCAGUUCAAUUGGAAGAAACAAGUUGAAGUCCUCAACAAGUACCCACAUUUCAAAACAAAGAUUCAAGGCAUUGAUAUCCAUUUUGUUCAUGUAAAGCCUCCUCGUUUGCCUGAAGGCCAGUCUGCAAAGCCCUUAUUAAUGGUUCAUGGUUGGCCUGGCUCAUUUUAUGAGUUUUACAAAAUUAUCCCUCUCCUGACGGAUCCUGCAAGCCACGGCCUCAGUGACGAACACGUUUUUGAAGUCAUUUGCCCAUCUAUCCCUGGUUAUGGUUUCUCAGAAGCACCCCACAAAAAAGACUUUAAUUCUGUAAGUGCUGCUUCUGUUUUUUAUGAAUUGAUGCUCAGACUGGGAUUCAACGAGUUCUAUGCCCAAGGUGGUGACUGGGGCUGGCUCAUCUGCACCAACCUGGCCCAGAUAGCUCCCAACCAUAUGAAAGGUCUCCAUUUAAAUCUAGCCUCGGUUACGAAGAUGGGAUUCUCUCACCUGCUCUCCGUUCUGCUGGGCCGCUACUUUCCAGGGCUCUUUGGUUUCCAGGAGGAAGAUAUUAGGCGGAUGUUUCCCUUCUUGGAAAAAGGGCUCUACAGGAUCUUGUCAGAGUCUGGCUAUGCUCACAUACAGGCUACAAAGCCAGAUACUGUUGGCUGUGGUUUGAAUGACUCUCCUGUAGGACUGGCUGCAUAUAUCCUGGAGAAGUUUUCUUCCUGGACUGAUCUGGAAUUCCAGAAUUUAGAGGAUGGAGGACUAGAGAGGAAGUUUAACCUGGACGAUCUGCUCACCAAUAUCAUGAUCUACUGGGUGUCAGGCUGUAUAGUCUCCUCAAUGCGUUUCUACAAAGAAAACUUGCAGAAGGGGAUAGGCACACAGAAACAUGAAAAGCUCACAGUGCAAGUACCUACUGGCAUUGCCUCCUUCCCUAAUGAAAUCAUGCACACACCCCAGGCUUGGGCCCAGAAGAAAUAUACCAAUAUAGUUUCCUUCCAUUUCAUGCCUCGAGGUGGCCAUUUCGCAGCUUUGGAGGAACCUGAACUUCUUGCUAAGGAUAUUCUGCAAUUUGUUGGGAAAGUAGAGAAAGAGCAACUUUGGAAAAAGAAAAGGGAAUAACUUCCCAUACAAACAGCAAGGGUAAUUACUUUUAGCUUAGCACAUGUACAGGGCUUACUAAGUCUACUGUAAUCCAUGUAAUUAGAUCUUAUUACUGACCAGAUAUGAGAGAGGACAGCAAGAAAAAUGCAGUGUAUCUCCAUGAGAUACUGCCAUAGGGACCUACUGAUUUUGGUUGUUUUUGUUUUUGCUUUUUUUUUUUUGUUGUUUCUUUAGCUAGACUAAGAAAGUAGCAGGAAGAUUACUUGGCUGUCUUCUAAAAUGUGUUCUGUAGUAUUCCUGACUCUUGCUUUGAGAUUAAAAUAUAGACCUUACAACAUAACUAACAACAGUUUAAUUGUUUAUGAAAGGCUUUUUUUUUUUUUUUAUUUCAUGGCAGCAGUAAAACUUGAGUUGCUGUAAGCAUGAAGUUCCUCACAUAAAGAAUGGGGAGCAGCCCAGCAAGACCUAACUUGCAUGAGUGCAUCAGGUAAUCAGCAUCAAUGAUCUACAGUACCUUUAAACGAGCCCCUUGCCUACUGCUGGCUGCCUUUCUCUUCCAGCCUGGGCUGUUAAGCAGCUUCCUGGCUGUGAAGAAGCUCAGCUCCUCUGUGCCAGGCUCCUUGGGUAGCACCAUGCAAAGAGCAGCUGGAACACACAGGUGCCUGUAGGUCGGACCAAAAGGAGGGGCUGGGUAGGAGUAAUUAUAGCCCAAGCUACCUCUGCACUGAGUUUGUACUCGUAACUUAAAUCAUAGCCCAGGGUAAGCUCGGCACACCGUGGUUUUGCACUGCUUUUGCAAGGCAUUGUAAAUACUCUUACUGAAGAAUAAAAAUUUGGUUAAUUCAAAAUUAAAAGAAAUUUGCAUUAAAAA